UUCAUCAAAAAUCGCGCGCCAAAAACUUUCCUUAAAUAAAUAAAACCAAUCGUAACCCUAAUUUCUUAUAAACCCCUAAUUUCUCUGAAAAUUCUUCAACAAAAUCAACACAGAAAAACAAGAAGAAUGUUUUACUCUCAAACGUUUUUGGCGCGAAAAGGACCACUCUCAACGGUUUGGAUCGCUGCUCAUCUUCAACACAGACUCAAGAAAUCUCAGUAUGCUUCUACUGAUAUUCCCUCCACUGUUCAGCAUAUAAUGGAUCCUGGUGUUCCCAUUGCAUUGAGGAUGUCAGCUCACCUACUCUUAGGUGUUGUUCGUAUUUAUUCGAAAAAAGUUGAUUACCUUCUUAACGACUGCAAUCUUGUUCGGACUGUUUUGUACAAAGUAUUUGCUUCAGUAUCAAAUAAUACUUUACCUGAGGAUGCUAGGCAAGCACCGGUUCAUACUAUUACCAUGCCAGCCACUUUUGACCUUGAUGCGCUUAACUUAGGCUAUGAAAUAGAUUUUAACGGGUAUGAGGAUGCUCACAUAAGGAGUCAAGAUGAGAUUACUCUUGCAGAUCGAAGUCCUAUUGUAGUGGAUAAUUAUGUGGCUAUACGUUUCGAUGAGGACAUACCAUUUAGUCCUUCAAAUGCACAACCGCUACCAGAUUCUGAGGCAAGACCAAAUGAGGAAGAAUUUAUUCCCCAAUCUCCAUCGUCGACAAGGGUAGUGGAUGUUCAAGAUGGUGGUCCAAGUUCCCAUAUAGAGUCACAUACUACCAGUCAUACUAGUGAUGAUAACAAUCAUAUCUUUCAGGAUCCCGUUACAAAACAGACAUUGCCACCGGAAAGUCUUCGUGAUCCUUCCAAUGAUGCUGUUGAAAAUAUUCCAACAGAUAUGGAUAUCGAUAUAACUGUUCAUGAAAAGGAUCAGACUCCUGAAAUGAUUCCUGAGAUCCAUGCUGAAACCCCCCCAACUCAACCAGCUAGACCACCAACUCCAGAUGCUUCUCAAGGUGGUGCCUCAGAUGGACAAGUUCAUGGAGGGCCAAUUUCUGAACCAUCUCUUAGGAGUUGUUCUUUCGAUGCUGCGAUGCUUCCUACCCCUCAAAUGGAGCAGGGACAGAGUUCUACCCAUCAAAUGGAGCAGGGACAGGGUCCUGUCCCUCAAAUGGAGGGUCAGGGUCAGGGCGAGAGGCCUCAAAGAGUAAGGAAGAGAAAUCAAUUCUAUGAUGACCCCAUAGUGUUACCAAAUAGAGUCAUGAAGAGAGCCCUUAAUGAUACUCGUAACAUACGACGGAGGCGAAGGGACGUCACUACUUUGGGUGCAUGGGAACUGAAGAGCAAACGGUUCAAGGAGGGUGUUUUUGACCAGCCUUUAUUUACAGGAAUAUGCAAUGAACUUCUAAACAUACAAAGAAGGGAAUAUAUAUGUUCAAAACCUCACUUGGUCAUCUCUGAGGAAGAUCAUCCGGAUAAUACUACUAUUACUCCUCCUCCAAUUAAUCAAGUUGCUGAUGAGCCAAUAAUUGAUGCACCUGAAAUUGCUGUUGACGAGCCAACAACUGAUGCACCUGAAAUCGUUGUUGAUGAGCCAAUAACAGAUGCACCUGAGAUCGUUAAUGCAUCUGGUGUGGAAGAUAUUGAACACAUUCGUGACGUUGCUGAUGAUCAACCUGCCACUAUCCCAACUCAAAGUAAAGAAACUGAACAGAUUAUUCCAAGUGCUUAUAGAAGCCCUGUUAAAGGAGGUGUUGCGACUCCUACUUCGGUUUCUGAGGGAAUGGACAUACCAUAUGGUGCAACAUCACCUCGAGCUCAUGCAUCUGAAACUGGAACUUCUAGCACAUAUCAUGAUAACAUAUUGCAGAGCCAUGACUUUUCAGAUACUAAUCAAUUUAUCAAUUCUGCUGGAAAAGACGACCUCUGGUUUCUCGAAGAAGAUAGUACACCAGCCACAGCCAGUUCACAAAGUACAAGUAGAAGUAUUGAUACAUUGUCUGGGAGGACUAGGGGUCUAGCUCAAUAUUUAAAAGAUUAUUCUCCAUGUACAACAAUUCCGGAGCAACCUGCUGAAGAUUUCAGCUUGAACAAGAUCUUGGAUGGAAAAACUAGAAAGAUUGCUGCUAGGAUGUUCUUUGAAGUUUUGGUGUUAAAGACUCAUGAUCUUAUUGAUGUACAACAAGAGGAGCCUUAUGGUGAUAUUAGCUUCAAAUUGACUCCAGCACUUGACAAAGCUAAAAUUUAAUAUUUUUAGUUAUUUAUAGUCCAGUUUAGUCCCUGAUGUAAAUUAGAGGUCAACCCCUUGAGAAAUGUGUAUUUUACCUUAGAGUAAAUUAGAGGUUAACCCCUUGGAGUCUCAUUUCAUAUUUGUAUAGGCUUGAAGUCUUAUUUCAUACACCUAGUUUAAAAUCUUAAGAUUUCUCCUCAAGUUUUGAUGGCAUUAUUUUGGUGAA